AUAGGAUGAUGUCGAAAAGACGUUAAAAAUCGAAAUCGUGAUAAUAAUUAUUCACAGUCAAAACCAGUCAAAACUCAUUAAUUUGCAUAUUUGAAAAGACAAAUUCGCCUCGGUUGACUUCUUUUUUAUUGUCAUUUUUCCUUUCGUGACUUGACGCUAGUUGUUUUGUAUUUCAAUCACAACGAUUAUCCUUUGUCUUCAGGUGUGCUUUUCGAUCUGUUUCAAAUUUAUAUGAAACAUGAAUUUUCAAAAUUUUCAUUUUAACUGGUAAGCCAGCUGAAAGCAAGGCUUGUUUCCAUAUAAGGAGAAUAGCACCUGCAACGUGUCGCUGGGAAGACGGUAAUGUUUUGAAAUGGUUUUCUUGACACACUGGCUGUGAUAUAUACUUUUGAACGGUCUUCUAAAAAGCGCGUGCUUUUCCCGAUUUAGAGAGGUAAUAUUUCUGAUAUUUCAGCGACAAAUGUGAAGUAUUGCGGUAGGUAAAUUAAUACAAGCCUGUUAUUUAAAACGAAAGCUCUCGCCGCAAUCGUGUAUUUUAAGAACAAAGAUAAAAAAGAAAAUCAGUAGACGAAAUAAUGGAUUUGAACGACAGAAACAUUGAUCUCGGUGAAGCAACCUACCAAGGAAAUCUCUACAGGAAAAUGGAUGAAUUUCGUCGACAAGGAAUAUUAUGCGACACAAUUCUCCACGUGGAUGGACGAGAAUUUCCAGCGCAUAAAAACAUCUUGGCUGCAAGCAGUGCGUAUUUUCUUGGUUUGUUUACAUCGGACAUGAAAGAACGGCAUCAAAGUGAGGUGAAACUCGAAGAUUUUAAAUCGUUUGUGAUGAACGACUUGCUCAAUUAUAUCUAUACGGGCGAAGUUGAAAUCACCGAUAAGAACGUUAAAGAGCUUGUUUUCGCUGGUGAUUACCUGCUAAUCGAAAACCUGAAGGACAAAGGCAGCAUGUACUUGGAGAAAACUCUCAGUCCUUCAAAUUGUCUGUCUGUGAGAGAGUUCUCUGAAAAGUAUGAUUGUGAAGAACUCUUGGACAAGUCAGAAAGCUUUAUUCUAGAAAACUUCGUGGCUGUUUCCAAGUCCGAGGAAUUCCUUCGUCUGGGGGUCUCCCAGAUCGAGAAGCUUAUUUCCCUCGAUGAUGUCAUUGUGGAAAGCGAAGAACAGGUGUACGAAGCGGUUAUUUCGUGGGUCAAACAUGACGUGGAUAAUAGAAAAAACGACUUCCCUCUGUUGCUUUCCAAAGUGCGCUUAGGCUGCAUGUCAAAGUAUUAUAUUGCCGGAUAUGUAGAAACGGAGGAGCUUGUCACAGAUAACCUUGAAUGCACGAAGCUGCUCUAUGAAGCUAUGAAGUCAUAUGCCUUAUUUGGACCACAGGGCCACCAAGACAGUGACAUAUGCAAGUUACGGAGAUGUUUGGACUCUAAUGUAGAUGCCAUCGUCACGAUCUGGGGACCUGGGGAUGAACUGCGUUCUUCGACUCAGUGUUACGUGCCAUCUGUCAAUCAGUGGUACAAUUUGGCGCCAAUGUUGAUCCCGCGCUUCAGUCACGGAGCUGUGGCGUGUGAAGGCUUCAUUUACACAGUUGGCGGAGUGUCUCUCAAUGGACAUCUUUCAAGUAUGGAGAGAUAUGACUACAGGACGAACACGUGGGCUGGUGUAGCGCCCAUGGCUAAAGAAAUCUCUGCUCUUGGCGUGGCGGAACUUAAUGGUUCUUUAUAUGCAGUGGGUGGCUGGCACAGAGGACGACCGCUGAAUACCGUAUUGAAAUACUAUCCGUCCACAAACAUUUGGGAAGCGGUCACUCCCAUGACAUCAAAUCGAGGUGGACCGUGUGUCGUGUCUGACAAAUAUCUGUACGCUAUUGGCGGGAAGACAGAAAACGACAAUGCAAACGACCCGUUCAAGUACCUGAACACGGUUGAAAAGUACGACCCCAGGACAAAUACGUGGACAGAGGCCACGCCCAUGCAGGCCCGACGAGCGUACGCAUGCGGGGUAGCCCUUGAAGGAAGCCUUUACGUCGUUGGUGGAACGCAGGAUGAUCUGUACUCAUCACACAGCUCUUGUGAGGCGUUUAACAUACAAAGCAAUACUUGGACAUACAUAGCUAGCUUGUGCAUAUCGAGAGCACUAGCAGGCGUUGCUUACGUCGGAAAUCGUAUCUACGUCCUCGGAGGGAAGAAAAAUUCCCGAGAAAGAACGGACAAGGUCGAGUUUUAUGAUAAAGAACUCGAUGUGUGGAAAGUCGUGGGAUCAGUACCUAACUGCAUGGGUGGAAUCCAGUGCUCCUCUGUUUCACUUUCUAAGGCGUUUCUCAAUACUUUGACAAAGAUUACUUAAAUUCUUUAGUCUAAAUCUGACUGAUAGCUCUCUAUAGGCUUUUAUUUAGAUAUGAUAUAAUUUUUCUUAGAUAUGCGCCUACUGUUUUGUAUCCUCUUCGAAUUAUAAGCCCGACAUGUUCUAAAACGCUCUAUGCUUUCUGACAAAUAACAAUAUAAUACUGAAGUAAUGUUUACAAAGAUCUCUCAAAGGCCAGAAAAAAGUUUUAAUUUUUUUCUAGGUGAACCUGAAAAACAUUUUCAUCAGUUUCUAUUUCGAAAACAUGCAUGAUAUUUAAGAGAUAAAAAGCAUACGUUUAUUCAAAAACUGUUCUGUAAGAUGGUAGAAAAAAGAUGCAGAAUUAGAUAGAAUUGGCAUAAAAAUUAGAUGCUUUUAAAGUUAAAAGUGAUAGACAUAAAAUUUUAUCUACGUGUAUUUGAUGUAGAAAAAGAAAUAAGAAGAUGAAUUUUUGAAACCCAAAGUCGCUUACAACCCAGAACAUACAAAGAUUAUUGCAGUGCCGUACAAUGUUUAAAUGCCAUUUAAUAAACAGCUUGAAUUUGAUAUAUAAAACUAGGUCGUGCCAGUUUGAAAAUUCAUCCACGCAUGAUUGACAGUCAAAGUAAACAAAUACUCACACCAACACUUAAAGACGAGUAGAAGUU